AUUCUAUCAUUUCUAUCACGACCAACACACUUGUAAACUUAUUUUUCCCGUGUUUGGCUUGUCCGAAUUAGCUAUCGCCUGUCGCUUUACUCGUUAGUCGUUACCAUUGUUUUUAGUGUCAUUUGAUGUGCCGCGUUUAAGUCGAUAUAAAAAACGAGCCGAGGUGUCCGUUAAUCUCCGAUUCAGGAGUUCGGGGUUUUUUCGACUACACCGUUAUUGGCGUCACUGUGCGCCUUUCGUUUUGCUGUUAACAACGCAGAAAGUGGGUCUCUUCGAGAUAUUUUGAUUUGUAACGUGACAAAACGAAUCGAUCCAGUUCAGCCUAGUGACCCGCGUUUUUCUGUCUGGCGGUCUCAAAUGUUCAUUUAGUCGGCGCCUUUUGCAAUAAUUUGAACGAACGCAUUCAAUAUGCCAGGCAUUGGUGUUAAUUUGCGUGUAACUGGUUAUUGUAAUCAGGGUGGCAGAAAGUACAUGGAAGACAUGUUCUCGGUGGCGUACCAGCAAACCCCAGACAUGAAAGACUUGGAGUACGCGUUUUUUGGCAUAUUUGAUGGGCACGGUGGCUCAGAAGCAGCGGCAUAUGCUAAAGACCAUUUACUUGACACUAUCAUUAAGGAUGAUGCAUUCUGGUCAGACGAUGAUAAAGAUGUACUUAGAGCUAUUCGGAAUGGUUACAUUGCUACACAUAUCGAUAUGUGGAAGAACUUGGAAAACUGGCCUAGAACUCCGUCUGGUCUGCCGAAUACAUCUGGUACCACUGCAAGCAUUGCCUUUAUUAUGAGAGGAAAAAUUUAUACUGGUCACGUUGGGGACAGUUGCAUUGUACUCGGAUAUCAAGACGAAGAAAAUGGCGGUUGGAAAGCAAAACCAUUAACACGUGAUCACAAGCCAGAAUCGUUUGAAGAAAAAAUUAGAAUAGAAAAAAGUGGAGGCAAAGUUAUUAAUAAAUCCGGAGUUCCUCGUGUUGUUUGGAAUAGACCUCGUAUUGGUCAUAAAGGUCCAGUACGACGUUCAACAACAAUCGAUGAAAUUCCAUUCCUAGCUGUCGCUCGAGCUCUUGGAGACUUUUGGAGUUACAAUUCAGAACAUGAUACAUUUGUUGUGUCUCCCGAACCUGAUGUUGAUGUUUUUAAUGUUGAUCCACUGAAACAUAGAUGUUUAGUGUUUGGUACUGAUGGCCUAUGGAAUGUUCUUUCACCUGAUGUGGCUGUAACAAAUGUUCAUGCAACUGAAAAGCAUAAUAUUGAAAUGAAAUCUAUGGAAAAGCAAGAUUGGUUAAAUCCAUCCAAAAACCUUGUAGACAAGGCAAUAUUACAAUGGAAUAAAGUCAGGUUGAGAGCUGAUAACACUACAGUCAUAACAUUAAUGUUAGAUCCACCCGGGCCACCUGCUCCACACGUUUUACUAAAACACAAAAUGCAAACUGGUAACAUGAAAUGUGAAGAGAAGAAUGACUGUAAGUGUGUCGAUGGAGAUCCGCAAGUCCAAAGAUUUGGCAAAGGUUCAAGUGGUGGUUACGCUAUUUUCACUAGGUAUCCCACCGAUCAAACAAUUAAAUCCCCCCAUAUUCCAGCUAGUACAUCAAAAACAUAUCCCAGUCCACCUCCAGCUUUAACACCAGUCGUGAAGUCUAAUAAAGUUCUCAGAACUUCGGCAAAACUUAACAACAAUAACAAUAAUAAUAACAAUGACGACAAAAAUAUUUCCAGUAAAAGAAGUAGUUCAUCAUCUCAAAAAAGAAAUACUCGUGCAAGCAGUGGAAACGUUGUGAAAAAACAAAAGUUGGAUGAUGAAUCGACCAGUGAAGAGACUGUCAAACUUCAAAAUAGUGAUUCUGAAAAUCAACAGAUACCUCGUGAAGCGUGGUUAGUAUCACCUACAAAACCUAUUAAGCCUGAAGAAACAAAAGUAGGUGUAGUUUUGAGAAGCUCGGGAAGAGUACCAAAGGUCUGGAAGUGUCCUAGUCCAAAAAAUGUAUCUACUCCAUCUAAAAUAUCUUCAGUGCCUAAAAUUAAAACCCCAUUAACAGAACCAAUAAAAAGAACAUUACGGUCACAAAAGAAGAAAAGCUGUAGAAGACUUAAUGGCACUGUGUCUAGAUCGUGGUCAGCAGGUGUAGUAACUCGCAGCCAUAGAAAAAGUGUCAAAUGUUAAACUUAACGUUUUUAUUUCAUUGUAUAUUUCUUUCUUUUUUACCAUAGUUUAUACCAAUACCUCUAUUAUUCAAAACAAUUAUAGUAGUUGUGAAUUAGAACUAUAAAUCAAAAAGUUAACACAAGACCGUGUAUCCUCAACUUUUUUGUUCUUUUUUUGUUUUGCUUAACAAAAGAAUCAAAAUACUAAACAUAAUUUUGAAACUAUUAUUAUUGUAUACAUUUUUAAGCUUUUAUAUA